ACUCCUAUUAAAUCCUUUGAUAACAUUAUGGCAUAUUCUUUGUACAAGAACCAACAAAAAAAAAAAAAAGAAAAAAAAAAAAAGUCCGUGAAUUCUUAAUCCACUCUUCUCGCCUACCCUAUCAAACUCAUUUCCAACUUUUUCUUCUUGAUCAAAUAGUGUUGACGCAGCAAGGACAGCCUUCUGGAAAACAGUGGCUAAUCCACGUACAAGAUUUUUACCAUCUUCUUGCUAAUUCUUGAAGGGAAGGCCCAAAAAAGAGAGAAGUGAGACAAAAAUCUUAUAUAAUAAAGCCAAAACUAAGCUGAUUUUGAAGUGCAAGAGGAUGUGUGCUUGAAAUCAAAUGCUAGGAGUAAUAUUUAUUGGUCUAAAGUUGCUGCAGAAUUCACAAUGUCAAGAAGAUAUGACAGCCGCACAACUAUUUUCUCCCCAGAAGGUCGUUUAUAUCAGGUUGAAUAUGCAAUGGAAGCUAUUGGAAAUGCAGGGAGUGCAAUAGGUAUCUUAGCUAAAGAUGGUGUGGUGUUGGUAGGUGAAAAGAAGGUCACUUCAAAGCUUCUUCAGACCUCAACAUCCACCGAGAAGAUGUACAAGAUUGACAACCAUGUUGCCUGUGCUGUGGCUGGAAUAAUGUCAGAUGCCAACAUUCUCAUUAACACUGCUAGAGUUCAAGCUCAACGAUAUACUUUUGCUUAUCAAGAACCAAUGCCUGUCGAACAGUUAGUUCAGUCUCUGUGCGACACCAAGCAAGGCUACACGCAAUUUGGUGGGCUUCGUCCAUUUGGUGUUUCCUUUCUUUUUGCAGGCUGGGAUAAGAACUAUGGAUUUCAAUUGUACAUGAGUGAUCCAAGCGGCAAUUAUGGUGGUUGGAAAGCUGCAGCAAUUGGAGCCAACAAUCAACCAGCACAGUCAAUGUUGAAGCAGGACUACAAGGAUGACAUGACAAGAGAGGAAGCUGUUCAACUUGUUCUGAAGGUGCUCAGUAAGACUAUGGAUAGCACUAGUCUUACUUCGGACAAGCUUGAACUGGCAGAGGUAUACCACACCAAUGGUAAAGUCAAAUACCAAGUGCACUCACCGGAAUCCGUGAACAGGUUGCUCAUACAGUAUGGAUUGACCCAACCUGCUCCAGAGGCCACCUAAAACACUUCUCUGAAUUUGGGCAGAUGAUGAAGCUACUGUUGAUAUUAAUGCUGAAGAAAAGCCCAGCAUUUGGAAGGAACUUAUGAUCUCCUCCAAGAACCGCAUCGAGCAUUUCAUUGCAGAUUAAAAUCCUGAUUGAAUUGUCGCCGAUUUCGCCCCACAUGUAGUUAGAGUUUUGUUGAAACUUAUGCCAUCCCCAUCAUUUAUUUCAGUACUUCCCCUAAUGCAGCAAUAGUGCUGCAAGAGCUUCAGGGACAAUUCUUGAAGUUUUCAUUUCACUGGUGUCUAAUUAUUUUGAUUUUCCAUCAAUUUUGACUUAUCGAAAACAUGAAGCAUUAGAGAGCCUAUCUUCUUAAGUUUUCGAUAAGACGCCUCGAAUUUGGAGAGGGUAUUUUCUUUUUCUUUUUUUGGUUCUAGUAGGGGGCUGGGUGGAGAGGGAGGUGAUGAAAGUGAAGAAGUAACAAAACACAUUUUUAAAUGGAAAAAUACACUGAUCUAGGGCUUUUUUUCGGUU